GAGUUUGCUUGUACUCAUCAUGGCAGCUAUCAUAUUCUUCCUCUCAUUGGCUACCGGAGUAGCCACCGGUCAGCCAUCUCCACCGCCUUCCGGCAACUGCCAUAUUCCGGCUAUAUACAAUUUCGGUGAUUCAAAUUCUGACACUGGCGGCAUAGCGGCGGCAUUCUAUCCUCCCGGGCCGCCCUGCGGUGAAACCUUCUUCAAGAGGCCCGUCGGAAGAGCCAGCGAUGGCCGCCUGAUCAUAGACUUCAUUGCUGAGAAACUUGGAUUGUUGUAUUUGAGCGCAUAUUUGGAUUCAAUCAAAGCAAAUUACACGCAUGGUGCGAAUUUUGCAACGGGUGGUGCGACCAUUAAACGUGUAAAUGAGUCGUGGUUUGCAAAUGGGGUUAGCCCGUUUUCUUUGGAUGUCCAAGUUGAACAUUUUAAUCAGCUUAAAGAUAAAACGACUUAUUUGUAUAAUCAAGCUAAGGAGGAGUCUCAAAGAAGUAAUUUACCUAAACCCGAUGAUUUCAUGAAAGCUAUAUACACAAUCGAUAUAGGCCAAAAUGAUAUUGCAUAUGCUUUUAGGACAUUGGGAGUUGAAGCGAGUCGAGCUGUGAUCCCUGACCUUGUCAAUCAAUUUGCUUCUAGUGUUCAACAAUUAUAUGGAAAAGGGGCAAGGGCAUUUUGGAUACAUAAUACGGGACCCAUAGGGUGCUUACCCGUAAUAUAUGCGAAAAAUCUUGAUCCACCACAAGGUUCCCUUGAUGAGGUUGGAUGUGCAAAAGACCAAAAUGCUAUAGCCAUUGAGUUCAACAAGCAACUUAGAGCUAAAGUAAUUCAGCUGAGAUCGGAUCUCCCAAAAGCUAUAUUGAUUUAUGUGGACAUGUACUCCGCAAAGUAUGAACUAAUUAGCAAUGCAAAGGACCUAGGGUUUAAACAAUGGUUCACGAUAUGUUGUGGGUACCAUGAUGUGGAUGAAGACGUGUAUUGUGGGAAUCGGGGAAAGAUUAAUGGGAGUGAAGUGUUUGCUGAUUCUUGUAAAGACCCAACUAAGGUCAUUAGUUGGGAUGGUGUACACUAUUCUGAUGCUGCAAACAAUUGGAUUGCGACCAAAAUCACUAAAGGAUUAUUUGCAGAUCCAUCACUUUCAAUUACUGAAUUAUGUCCUAAACAUGUAUCAAUAAUGGUUUCUCUUGCUGUAGCUCAUUUCAGGUUAUGA